GACUGAACUCAGGGAGCGAAGCCCUCAGAGCUACGGCGGCCUCUGAGGACCAAAACUCAAAACGGAAUUCAACGAAACGCGUUAGCGGGAUGUGGACGGACUCAGAGCGGGUUCAGGACUCCCUGAUCCUGGUCUUUGGAUAAACCAGAACCCUUUACCUGUUAAAGACCUUCAGUUUGUUAAUGAGUGAUCUCAUCCCGGAAGUGACGCCACCGUGUGCUCCCUGUUAGCUUCAAUAUAGAUCUGUUUACAGGCAGCCGGCUAAGAGGGAGCUAACAGGCUAACGGCACAGAACCGAGUUCAGAUGGAGGAUUCUUUAGAUCCUCGAGAUGUGGAGCGAGCCCGGGCGUUCUGGGCCGAGGAGGACGUGGACCAGGUUUUUAACGGAGUGUGUGAGUACGUGGGUCACCUGAAGGCGGUCCUGAAGAAGAACACGGCCACAGACCGAGAGUUCGUUCAGGCCCUGAAGCUCCUGGAGGCUCUAGACUGCUCCCCCCCCGCCUCCUCUCAGGACUCCUCCGUGGUCCAGGUGGUCAUCGGCUCAGGUGAGCUCCUGCCAGCUGAGUCCCCCUCCUCCCCCCCCUCUCCCUCCAACGGGCCGCACAGCUCAGCGGCGUCCCCCGCAGGCCGAGAGGAGCUGCUUCCUCCUCUGACGCCCGUCACGCUGAACUACAAGCCCCACGCCUGCUGCAAGGCCUGUCUGUCAUGUUUACCCAGCAUGCCUCUCUCCUCGCUGGCGUUCUAUGGUCAGAACCCGCUGAAGAUUCCGCUGCUCUGGGGCUUUAAGAGGCUGAGCGCCAUGCCGCUGAUGUCAUCAAAAGGGGGCAGGGCCUUGAACGGUCCUGAGGCGGAGUCUGGAGAGGAGGAGGAGGAGGAGCUCUGGGACGUCCUUUAUAAAGCACCGUGUGGGCAGAGCCUCCAUAACCACGAAGAUGUGAUGCGUUUCCUGUUGGCCACAGAGACCUACGACCUCCUGCAGGUGGACUUCUUCACCUUUAACCCCUCCGUCAGGCUGGACCCUCCCUCCAUGUCAGACCCCAAGAGGCCGGAGCUGGACCUGAGCCGGGGGGCGGAGCCUACACCCGUGGAGCUGUGUGCGGGGGAGGGCGGGGCUCGGCCGGCCGAGUUCCGUUACAGGAAGGAGCGCUGGCCGCACGGCUGCUUCCUGAGCCGAGGCCCCGCCCUCUUCAGCGCCUGCUGCGACUGUACCGACGGCUGCAGCGACCCGCAACGCUGCGCCUGUGUCGCCAUGACUACCAGAGGGAGCCACUACAGCCACCACAGGCUGGAGGAGCCGGUACCCUCAGGGUUGUUCGAGUGCGGCCCCUGGUGCGGCUGCGUCCGGGCUCUCUGUCAGAACCGGCUGGUCCAGAGGGGGAUCAGAGUCCGCCUGCAGGUCUUCCAGACUGAGGGGCGUGGCUGGGGGGUCCGUUGCCGUGACGACCUGGACCGUGGCACGUUCGUGUGUAUCUACGCAGGUGUGAUCCUGAGGCGGAUUCACUCCCCGUCCGAGCCUCCGCCCCCGAAGCUGACGAGGGCCGACCUCCCGUCUGAUGACGAGGUGGAGGUCGUCACCGAGUGGCUGGCCCCGCCUGUGCUCGAGGGGCGGAGCAACCCGGUGGAGUCUGCGCUCACCGCGUCCCCGCUCCACGUCCCCGUGAUCCAGAGACCAGCAGACCCGCCCGGCAUGGCGCCGCGGGACAGAGGAGACACGCUGUUGCCCGCAGCGCCGCAGCCCGCGGCCCUGGAGAAGACUGUUACCUUGACAACCAGCGGUCCUGAGGAGGGAGGAGCCGUGAACGGGACACAGAGUGGGCGGGGCCCCAAGAGAGCGCUGAAGGCAGAGGACGUGAACUUCCUGGACGCCAGCAAGGAGGGAAACGUGAGCCGCUUCUUCAACCACAGCUGCCAGCCCAACCUGUUCACCCAGAACGUCUUCACAGACUCCCACGACCCCGCCUUCCCCCUCAUCGCCUUCUUCACCUGCAGGGCGGUGAAGGCCGGUUCUGAGCUCACCUGGGAUUACUCGUCUGACACGGACGGCACACAGGAAGUGGCGUGUCUGUGCGGCGGCGAUGGAUGUCGUGGUCGUUUCAGCGUGGAGGAGAAUCUGUGCGACAUGUGUGAGGUUCAGGCUGAGACGCAGUGACAUCACCCUUCACGCCGACUCUUCAUGCAGACUUUUUAUACUCGUGUUUUAAUAAACGUUUGAAUGCCG